AGCGAUCGGCAGCAUUCGUUUUCCCUCCAAAUAAAUGGAAGGCAAGGCAAUGGGCACGGCGUAAAUAUUUAAAAGAACGUUUCCCUUGAGACUCGAGACAAACGGGAAUGGAGAUCUGAAAGAAUCUAAGGGGUGGGAGACUUUCCUCGUUGAUGAGACCCGAGUCCCGCGCGACGAGAGCAAGGAAAAAGACUCAAGACUCACCUUUUGUCACCGUUGGUGGCUUCUGGAAUGACGCGCCUCGAGCACGGUCCCGAUCAACGGCAUUAGCGGUAUCGCAUCGACAUCCAUUCAGGCACACGAUGUCCGCCAAGGGCAGCCCGUCCACUUCCAAGGUCUGUUCCUUCUGCAAUUCGAAAGAGGACAAUGAGGUGGAGUACGGAAAGAUCUACGAGCACGAUGGGAUCGUUACGCACUACUAUUGUCUGCUCUUGUCCUCGAACAUGGAACAGAAGGGAAAUGACGACGAAGGCAUACUCGGAUUCCUGGCGGAAGACAUACAAAAAGAGCUUCGCAGAGGAAAGAAAUUGCCGUGCUCGUACUGCAAGAAAAUCGGUGCUACUUUGGGCUGCUGUAAUGUAAAGUGUAAACGGAUUUUCCACUUUCCCUGUGGCUUGAAAGCUGGUUCUCUACAUCAGUUUUUCGGUGAAUUUAGAUCGUACUGUGUAAAUCAUAGGCCGAAACAAAAGAUCGACGAUCAGAUUUUAAAGCAAAUUCGCUCUGUAGAUAGUGUAUUAUGUUAUAUUUGUUAUGACAAAAUUAACACUAAUGACUUUGUGAAGACCUUGUGGGCCCCCUGUUGUAGAAAGGACGCGUGGUUUCAUCGUAAUUGUGUUCAGCAACUUGCUUUAAGCGCAGGAUAUUUUUUCAAGUGUCCCUUAUGUAACAAUAAGAAAGAUUUUCAAAAGGCUAUGCAGGAGUACGGUAUUUUCGUGCCGAGCCAAGAUGCUUCGUGGGAAUUAGUACCAAACGCAUUCGAAGAGCUUUUGUACAGGCACGAUCAGUGCGACGCACCAAAAUGUCUCUGUCCAAAGGGAAGGAAGCAUAUAAGUAACAAUGCUAAAUGGGAGUUGACGCUAUGUCGAACUUGCGGUUCGCAAGGCAUCCAUAUGGCUUGCGGACAGUUAAUUUGGGCUAAUCCGGCAUGGGAAUGCGAGGAGUGUACUUCCAUAUUGAGUAAUUCCAAACACAAUGAAGCACAUACAAGACUGGGCGAUAGUUCUGAAAUAGUUGGUUCUAGUCAAAAUAAAGAGCCUGAUCCAGACGUACAAUUAGAUUCAAGCUCGGACUCAGAUUUAUUUUUAGAUUCAGAUUUGAACAGUGAUGCAGAAACAGAUAUCUCUGUAGGAACUGAAUUGCCCACACGAUUAUUGUCUAACAGUUCACCUUCCACCUCUUUGCUGGAUUCUGUUGCGGACACUAGCGUGCGACCUGGGCCACGAUCUUUUAAGUUGCAACAAGAAAUGAUCAAGCUAAGCAAAUGCUUGGAAUUGACAAAUACUGAAAGGAAUGUAACUACUGAGGUCAGUCCAAAAAAUAUCAACGAAUCAUCAAAUAAUGACGAUGACAAAAAGGAGCUAUCGACUGUUCUUCCGCAAGAAAAUAAGGUAAUUGGUUCUCAAGAAAAAAGACAGUCGUCUAGCAAAAAUGAGGAAAAAUCUCAACCGACUCGGAAGGAGGCGGAUGUUAUCACACUUGAUGAAAGUGACGAUGACGAGGUGCAGCUUGUUACGGUAAAACGAAGAAUAAAUGUACCUACGCUUCAAUCAGGUAGCUCGCGGGACUCUUGCGCAUCGACGUCGAAGAAGACUGAAACGCUAUUAAAAUCGCUAUUAAACACAAAAAAAAAAUCUGCAACAUCCAAGAGCCAAAAUGUAAUGACAUUAGAUUUAGCGAAAAAUGAUAAUAUCAAUGUACCAAAACCUAUAUCAGAGCCAGAGGCUUCGAGCAAAAAUGUAUCUACCAUCUCGGAUCAACUCGGUGUAGCAGCGGCACGAAAAUCCACGUUAGAUCUAGUUGCUUCGAAUGGUAAUAAUUUGGAGGAAACAAAUGUGGCUGGUACAGACGAUACAGACGAAACGUCUGUUAUGAAUAUCAAAAUUACUAACGUUACUUCUUUGCCACCUGAAGUCUUCGAGAGUGUACCUGAUGUAUGCGAUAACGUCACAUUUAAGAAUAGCACCUCGUCUAUAUCUGCAGAUACAGUGUAUACGCAACUUUUGACACGUGACGACCUUACCGUAUCGACGAAGCGUAGCUUGCACGAAGCGAGUGACGCUAUUGACAACCACAAGAAGAUUAAAAGAAACAGUUUUGACGAAAGCGUUAUUUUCACAAACAAAAUAAAUAAUAUAAUGAAUCCAAAUCACACAAUUAAUAGUACAAAUAAGCAGCAAAACGAAAGCACAUCUUUAAGAAAGUCCAGCGAGAUUGGAAAAAAUGAUAGUCUCUUGAAAUGUACAUCCAUAACUACAAACGGCAUUGCUAUUCCGAUGUUAAACGAACCUACAAACAGCAUUACUAUUCCGCUGUCAAAUAAUCGUAACUUGUCUGCACAAUCCAUGCCGCUUCAUAAGGAUGAUGUGCAUCAUGUCCAGUGCAGCAUAUCAGGAAACAAUGUGUCCGUUAACGCACAACAAAGCAAAGAAAAUUCUGUUGCACAUAGAAGUACGGAAUAUCUGGCCAUUGGCAAGAACAAUCCAGUUUAUUUGCAAAUGCCGAUUUAUCUGCAGCAAAUACCAAACCCAUUUGCAAUUAGUCAAAGUGCGGUAACGCCAGAGAAAACAAAUGUAUAUACUGCUAUACCAUCGAGUAGCAUAAUUCUGCCGCGCGUGACGGAUAAUAUCACUGUGCUUAGCAAUCAACCUAUGCUUAGCAACCCAACUGUGGUUUUAAAUCAACCAAUAAUGGCCAGUGUAACUGCGCCCAUUCUGACCAACGCUCAAUUAGCUGUAAAUCAGCAAGAAGCUGCCUCGAAGGGAAAUAUAUUCGUUACUACAUCCAGUGCUGGGAAUGAUUCCUCAAACAAAUCCUACUGUGACGGGGAUGCAGGCACCCGGCCUGCUGAGGUCGAUUCGGCCGGCCAGAAGAGGGACGACCCAUCAAGUGACUUCCAUAGGAGUGUGGCCGUCAGACACGACAUUGAUACCCAUAGGGUCUUCCCCCAAGUCACCAACAAUCACAACACCUGUCAUCAACCUAGACUGAUACCGCGCUACAUGAAUUUGCAGGACCUUAAAUUUCAAGUCGGCGAAUCCAACAACAUUCAGAUGAUUCUGUACGAUACGUUUUCCGUAAAUGUCCCGAUGAAGAAACCCAGGGAGAGUAAGAAUCGAUCGGCUACAUCACGGAAGUCGAGAGAAUCGUCCAUCCUUGCGUCUCGUAGAGCUUCGUGCAGUUCAGAUCAUAUCGACAAUAUCCCGGCUGAGGGCCAGCGUUCCGACAAGCUUUUCCGCUCUUCGAAGAAUGGGAGUUGUUCAAUUAACGACAAAAGUACAUGCGCUAGGUACGUAGCGCACGGUCAGGACGACACUAAAGAGAAUUUAGAUCCGAUCAGAUCCAGAAUGCUUUCGCGUAGCGAUACAUUUGAUGAUGUAAAUUCGAUGAACAAUGUUGAUGACGCAGUGACUAUGAGUGAUCGUUUCUGUGGCGAGAACAACAAUGAGACCCGUCGCGUUUCCAGUGAUACUAAUUUAAGUGUAGUAAAUGAAACAAUUUAUAAUACGAAUGUAGAUAGCGUUACGGACGGCGUAACAUUCGUUCCGAACAAUUGCAACCAGGGUUUAGAGGGUGUACAGCAGCAUAAAGCGUCCAAUCAUUCGCGCAACGCGAUUUCCGCGUCUGCAGAAGAUAGGCCCGGGGCUCGGCUAUUUUGUAAGGAGAGUAAUGGGCUAAUACACAGUGUCGAUUUUGAUUUGAACGUUGUUAACAUGAAUAAAAAUGUUGAGAAAUUAUCGCAAGAUGAUAUCACUGUUCCGACAAGUCGGCAUGUUAACGGCGAUAGAAUCGGCAAUAAUCAUACAGAUGAUUCUCCAACGUUAUGGAACGGUUACAAACCUUUAGAUAGUACGAACGUUAUGAGACCGAAGGUUAAUAAUCAGAAUAUCGCGCGCGUUUCGAACAUUACGAGAUUUAACGAACAUAGUAUCCUGAAUAAGCAGAUCGAUGCGUGCGAUUCUAGAAAAUUUAUUCGAUGUGUAGGGUUGCAGGAGAAUACCGUGCGUCGUAAUGGCGAGACCAGAGCGAAAAAUGAUGAUUUUUGUCUCAAAGUGAGCGUAGACUUGUCUAAGAUACAAAACCUAAUCGAUUCAAAACCGGAAUUGUUUGAAAAUCGAAAGCAUAACGCUAACGAUCAGCGGUGUAAACGCACGAGUCGGUUACCCGGCCUGGAUGACUGUGCUCGACAACAGGUAAGAUAUUAUUGUGAUAUUGAGAGCAAUGACAAUAUCGGCAAUUGCUUGCCCAGAGGUAGGGAAUUACAGAAGUCAAAUUAUACGUGUAACGUCGAACGCAUGCAACAAGACGUUUUCCCCGGGGCGAAUACGUUCCUACGGUAUCAGAAAUCAAAUCAGGGAAUUACAGACUUCGAUAAGGAUGUCUUGGACAGGUAGCGUUAACAUAGAAUACUCUGUAUGAUAAAAUUGAUAAAAAAAAAUAUGGGCACUGUAAAGCAGAAAUUGUUGAUAGUUAUAUUUUAAAUAACUUGUAAAAUAUG